UCAGAGUUCAAAUUCAAACAAUGCCUGCAAAGUCUGUCUAAGUUUGUGCGUGACUUCUGAAUCUCUGCAUUGGCCAUUGCAUGAUGCAGAUGAUGCCUGGCGUUCUUGAUCGUUAAUUUGGAGCUUGAUCAGCACACGCCCCUGCAGGGUGCACAACGACCAGCCUGCAGUUGUCUAACGGCGUGGUGGCCAUGAUGAUGGUGGUGGUUGAGAAGUGUAAUGAGCCCCUCAUGGACAGCACUGACUUUGAUAGGCGGGCUGUGGCCCACCUGGUGGUGCCAAAGUACGACGUGGCCGUCAUUGGAGCUGGCGUGUCUGGGCUCCAGGCCGCACAGGCUCUGCGACAGCAAGCUCCAGAACUGAAGGUGGUGGUCCUGGAGGCAAGUGGCCGCAUUGGGGGGCGCGUCAAAAGCAUCAACGGGAUUGCGCCCUGGCCUGUCGAGGUCGGCCCCGAGUUCUUGCACGGCGGCGACAGCUCCAGCAUCAAGAAGCUGGUUGACGCCAUGGGGUGCAAGCAGCGCGAGUAUCCCUUCCCGGACCGCUACUACUUCGGACGCGAGCGCCGGUGGCUGCCGUCCGAUUCGGACAACCCGGACGUCGAGCGCGUGCACGAGAUCUUUGGCGAGAUGGCAGAGCAGGACGAGAGUAGACCGGACGAAUCGAUGCGAGCGUACCUGGAGAGAAAGGGGGUGAACGAGAACGUUAUGGAGCUGGCGCAAGCCAUCUACGCCAACGACUUUGGCUGCUCGCUGGACGCGCUGGGCGUGCGCGAGAGCAUCCACGAGGCGCAGAACUGGAGCUACGGCGACACGUACUUCGUCCUUGACCGCCCGCUGCAGGCCGCCGUCGACUUCCUGGCGCAGGGACUCGAGGUACGAAAAAACUGGCCAGUACAGCAGGUCGAGUACUCGACGGAGGCGGGGGUGCGCCUGACGAGCCGGGAAGCCAACGUGGUCCUCGCCGAUAGAGCAAUUGUUACCGUGCCCAUUACUGUGCUCCGUGAUGGUGACAUCGAGUUCUGCCCCCCUCUCUCCGAGUCCAAGCUGCGGGCCGCCCGGUCCAUCGGCAUGUCCACCGCCCUCAAGAUCGUCUGCGCCUUUUCUUACCGCUUCUGGCCCGCCGAUCUUUUCGACGUCGUCUGCACGCACACUUUCGUCCCCGAGGUCUGGUUCACGACCUACCCCCCCUCCCCGCCAGCCAUCCCGGCCCCCCGGGAGCGCAACCCGGCGCCCCCAAAGCUCCUCGGCGCGGUCGUAGCCAUCGGCUUCGUGGCCGGAGACCAAGCGCACCAGAUCGCGCAACUGCCCGAGAAGGAGAUCUUCGAGCGCUUCCUCGCGCAGCUCGACACCAUGUUCGCGGCGCCCGAGCGUCAUGCUGACGUCAGCAGCGACGCCAGCGGAAGCGGAGCCAAAGAUGGGAACGGGAACGAGCUCAAGCUGCGCGUGCUCGAGUCGUGCUUCUUCGAGGCCGUCGGCGUGGCUGACGUUAGCCCGGACAUACAUCCCGCGACCGCGGCGUUCAGCGGGGGCCACAUUGAAAACUGGGCAGACGAACCGUUCAUCCGGGGAGCGUAUUCACACCCCUCGGUGGGGGGACACUCAGCCCGGGGAGUGCUCUCGCAGCCGGUCCAGGGCCGGCUGUUUUUCGCGGGCGAGGCGACGCACCCAGGAGUGAACCCCUGCUUGCAGGCCGCGCUCGACACGGGGGCACGGGCGGCUUUCCAAAUAUGCGCGAGUCAAAAAGGCGUGACCAGUCGACUAUAGUCGAGCGUUUUUUGCCGGAUGUGUUGGCACGAGUCGGGAUAGGUUACUUGGCGCAAUUUGAGACGUCCCCGCCCGGUGCAGACGACCAUUUCAAGAACUAAGAUUUGUAGGCUACCUUCAUAGGUGCAAAAGAGGCACCUUCAUCUGGCAGGCCUUUAGGGCUUCUACUUCUACGUAUAUUUUGUCUCUUUAAACGAUAAACUGGCCCCAUGGUUCUGAGUGCCUGGGCUGUAUAGGGCGAGAGCUGUGCAUAAGCAGGAAAGUUGACGACCUUCAGACAUUCAUAAAGCUGGUCGGGAUCAAUACUUAGGCUCAAUCCUUCUUGCCAGAUUGGCGUGACAAAUACUUAUGCUCGAUUCGAGGGCAGCUGCCGUGCUUGACAUGUACGAGCAAUGUCGUACAUGUCAUUAUACACUCACAAGAUCAUGAACCCCGGAUGAUGUACUAGC